AUGUCAGCAACAACUUCACCAAACUCUUUAGUCAUGAACCCAACAUCUAUGUUAGUAGAAAUGAAAAGCUUCAUUCCUUCUUCAUAUACUUUCGAAACAGAAAUCCAGAAGAUAAAGCAAGAACUUCUCCAAGGAGAUUUAGACUGUAGUGCAAAAGAUGAAACAAAUGAACAGUAUCUUUAUGAAAUGCAGGACCUGGUGGAACAUCUACCUAAACUUCCUGAAAUACAACAACAAAAGCUCACUAUUCCAGAAUUCGAUGAAAUAGAAGUGAAACCAACUGACUCAGUAGAAACCAAGAAGUUCAUACGAAAGAUAAACUAUGAGUUUCUUGGAUUUCAUUGCAACCACAAAGUCAUGGACAAAGACUGCGAUAUGGUAUAUUUCAUUGACAUAUACAAAUCUGAAGAGUUUAAGACCUACGACAACUUUGUUUCGUUAGUUGCAAAAUGUGUAUGGCAGAUAAGAGAUAAAGAUAGAAGAGGUAAGGUAUGGAACCAACAAAUAAAACCAGCAACUUUUGAGUUAAAGAAAACCAUUUACGCCUUACUUGUUUUAGCAGGUAAGGUUUCAGAAUAUAAUGCUAAAAUGAACCCACAUUGUUCAAAAUGUAAAGCAGCAAUGAAGAAAUAUAACUACUCC